CCGCAUUAAGAAGGUUGAUGGUCUUUCUUUCCAUGGAUUAAGCUCUCUGAAGUCUCUUAAAAUUCAGAGAAAUGGCAUCAGUAAACUCAUGGAUGGAGCUUUCUGGGGAUUAAGUAGUAUGGAAGUUUUGCAACUGGACUAUAACAAUUUGACGGAAGUCAGUAAAGGAUGGCUGUACGGCCUGUUGAUGUUACAGCAGCUCCACCUCGGCCAGAAUGCCAUCAGCAGGAUUGAACCUGACGCCUGGGAGUUUUGCCAGAAACUCAGUGAGCUGGAUCUCACCUCAAACCAAUUAACACGGUUAGAUGAGUCCAGCUUUGUGGGUCUCAGUCUGCUUGGCGAACUGCACAUUGGAAAUAACAAAGUGAGCUUCAUUGCUGAUGGCGCCUUCCGAGGUCUCUCCAGCUUAUAUACACUUGACUUGAAAAACAAUGAAAUCUCUUGGACCAUUGAAGACAUGAAUGGAGCUUUUUCUGCUUUGGACAAACUAAGAAAACUGAUUCUCCAGGGAAACCGUAUCAGGUCUAUCACUAAAAAGGCUUUCUCAGGACUAGAUGUGCUUGAGCACCUUGACCUGAACAACAAUGCUAUAAUGUCCAUUCAAGGAAAUGCCUUUUCACAAAUGAAAAAACUUAAGGAAUUGCACUUGAACACGUCCAGCCUACUAUGUGAUUGCCAGCUGAAAUGGCUCCUUCAGUGGGUGGCAGAUAACCAGUUUCAGCCCUUCAUUAAUGCUAGUUGUGCCCAUCCCCAGCUGCUAAAAGGAAAAAGUAUAUUUAUUGUGAGCCAAGACGACUUUGUGUGUGAUGAUUUUCCCAAACCCCAGAUUACAGUGCAGCCUGAAACCCAGUCAGCAAUAAAGGGUUACAAUGUGAGUUUUGUCUGUUCUGCUGCAAGUAGCAGUGACUCCCCAAUGACCUUUGCAUGGAAGAAGGACAACGAGGCUCUGAAUGAUGCUGAAAUAGAGAAUUAUGCCCAUCUCCGAGCACAAGGAGGAGAAGUGAUGGAGUACACUACAAUUCUUCGGCUACGAGAUGUUGGUUUUAGCAGCGAAGGCAAAUACCAGUGUGUAAUCUCCAAUCACUUUGGGUCGUCCUAUUCCACUAAAGCCAAGCUCACUGUAAACAUGCUUCCAUCAUUUACAAAAAUGCCCAUGGAUCUGACCGUCAGGGCAGGAGCAAUGGCCCGCUUGGAGUGUGCAGCAGUUGGACACCCUUCUCCUCAGAUAGCCUGGCAGAAAGAUGGUGGCACAGACUUCCCUGCUGCACGGGAGAGACGCAUGCAUGUGAUGCCUGAGGACGAUGUUUUCUUUAUUGUCGAUGUCAAAACUGAGGACAUAGGAGUAUACAGCUGUACUGCUCAAAACAGUGCCGGGACAAUAUCUGCAAAUGCCACCCUAACUGUGCUGGAAACACCUUCUUUCAUGCGUCCUCUGAUGGAUCGAACCGUUGCAAAAGGGGAAACAGCCGUACUGCAGUGUAUUGCUGGUGGCAGCCCUCCCCCAAAAUUGAACUGGACAAAAGAUGACAGCCCAUUGGUUGUAACUGAAAGACACUUUUUUGCAGCAGGAAACCAGCUUCUUAUUGUUGUAGAUACAAAUGUGGAAGAUGCUGGAAAGUACACCUGCGAAAUGUCCAAUACGCUGGGAACGGAAAGAGGCAACAUUCAACUGAAUGUGGUCCCCAGCCCAAACUGUGACUCCACUCAAACCGUUGGCCAGACAUUAGAGGAGGAUGGCUGGACUACAGUUGGCAUAGUGAUCAUUGCUGUUGUUUGCUGUGUGGUGGGAACAUCACUUGUCUGGGUGGUCAUCAUAUACCACACAAGGAGACGCAAUGAAGACUGCAGUGUAACAAAUACAGAUGAGACUAACUUGCCGGCAGACAUCAACAGUUACUUGUCAUCCCAAGGAACAUUGGCUGACAGACAAGAUGGCUACGUUCCUUCAGAAAAUGACAGUCACCACCAGUUUAUGGCAUCCUCAAUUACUGGAUAUUAUUUACAACAAAGAGAUCUCAAUGAUACUGGGAGUGAAAUGGAUAUGGAGGCUGUCAUGGAUCCACUGAUGUGUCACUACCAAGGGACAAUAGGAUCUGUGUGUACAAGAGGAAAUAUGUAUGGUACGGACCCAUCUGAUGGAGCAUGCUUCAAUGGUUGUACUCCUGACCAGAGACCUAUUUGCAGUGAGCCUUAUGAAGGAGACAUUAAGUAUUGUAAGUCAAAGGAAUACUAUCCUUGCACACACCCCCUGGAGGACCCUUUUGACCAAGCUGCUUCCAGCAUGCUCAUGCAGUUGCCAAGUGGGUGCCUCCACAGCUCAGUUCACACACAGAAUGAAGGAUCCUCAGCUGACAGUGACAUUCCAGACUUUAAUAGAAAUCAAGAGAGAGUGCCACCCAACACCUUCAUGGGAACAUUUGGAAAGUCUUUAUGGAGGCCACAGCAAGAGUUUUAUUCCGGUUACAGCCCUUCUGCUCCUUACAACCCAAUGACAAUACAUGAAAAUCCUUAUACUACAGUGGACACAGAGUCUGAGCCUGAGGAGGAGAAUGCUUUAGACUGUGCUGACUCUACAAAUGGACAGAGCAUGGACAUCUAUGAACAGCCUUUUGAUAACCAUCCGACUGACACUUCUAAACCAUACAGAAUAAGUACAUAGCGGAAUAUGUAUGAACUUUCUAUUAAGAAAAAAAAAAAACUACCUCAGCUGAACUGUGCUCAAGCAAUUUGAACAAGUGAUUUGCAAUCAUUUGGUGGGAAUGUAUAGCAACUUAUGGGUUAUAACUAUGAAAAGAG